AUGAAUCCCUAUGGCGUCUUUAUUAAAUCUUGUCGUCCGCGUAGCUUGUCUGUCAGUGUCAACCGGAACAGUCCAAUCCUGCGGCCUCUACAUACCCUUCUUUAUCUCUUGUUCAUUUCUUUCCCGCGGCUCUCUCUCUCUCUCUCUCUCUCUCUCUCUCUCUCUCUUCUCUCUCUCUCAAACAUUGUUCGAUACUUCUAUCUCUGUCUCGCUUCUCUAUCUUUUCGAACAAAUAUUACCCCCUUCUCUCUCUCUCUCUCUCUCUCUCUCUCUCUCACUCACUCACUCACUCUCUCUCUCUCUCUCCUUUCCCCCCUCUCUCAGACGUCUGCAUCAACUUCUUUUUCUCCUCUUUCUUUCUCACUCUCUCCAUCUCUCACUCGCCCCAUUUCUUCCCCUUUCUCUAUCUCCCACUAUCAACAUCCAUUCCUUUUUAUUUUAUUUUCUCCUUCUAUCUCUUUAUUUCUUGUUCUUUCUUUCUCUAUGUUUGAUAUUUUUCUCCAUCUCAAGGCCCCUUUUCUCACUAUUUUUCUCACUCUUUCUUUCUUUUCUCUACUGCUCUACCUUUUACAUUUUCCUCCUUUCUCUUUCUUUUUUCAUUCUCCCCUUGCAGUUUUAAUCUCUUUUCUUCUCACAUCUCUCUUUCUUCCAUAUAAACUCAUGACCUACCCUUUCACCUGCCUCUUUCUGUCCAUUUCCCUCCCUCUAUCCAUUUCCCCAAACUUCACGUUCUCUCUUCCUCUUUCUCUCUAA